UUUUAUGUAAAAAGCGUACUCGGAUCCUACGAGCGAUUCUCUCGAGUGAAAUUAACAAUAGUAACGGACUCGGGAUACGUUGGCCGCAUCGUGGGCUACCUUCUUGAAUAAAUUAAAAUCGAAAAGGAAAAAAAUUCCACGCCGACGUCGACGCCGACUUAUUUAGCAAUCGGCGAACGAUAAGCAAUGUAAAACUCGUAUCUAUAAAGCAGCCGUUCCCCCUGCUGUAAUAUCCAGCAGCAAUCAUUAUAUCCCGCUGUUACGUGCGGUUGUUGUUCUCAUCGACUCAAUCAGAAAGCUAAUUAAAUGUACCGUCGUACCGUGCAAUUAAGGAAAAUGAGCGAUCCUCCGAGACACGGAUAGUUAAAACGGACAAUGACAAAUGAAAUUGAUCGUUUGCCAAACGAUCACUGGACACCCGUAAUAGCUUCAUAACUAAAUGCAUUUUUCAGCGGGGAAGUGCUUUAAUGAUCGCCAGCAUCUUAUCACAAAUUCCACGGUGUAUAUAUAUUUGCUCAUAUGUAAAGCUUACAUUCCCGAUUUAACACGUCCGGUGGCCGUUCAUUUUGAUUUCUUUGACCUCAUCUUGCCGAUGCGAUUAAAAUGCUUUCCGCUUGAACGCGACGUAUCAAUUGCGCAUUAUAACUAUUAAACUUAGAAUUAGAAAGAAAUUUAUUUUUAAAUUGUAUCAUCGCACAUGACUCAUCGACGUGUAGAUAAUAACUCAUGAAUAUGUAUGUAAGAACAUUACGUUCGCCACGUGAGUCACAAGUGCCUCGUGGACAGUAAACAUGUAAAGAUAAUUAGAACUUCUAGUUGGCUCUCUCUCUCAUUUGUUUCUUGAACGCACUCAUUUGGAUUACUUCGAAAACAUUGCGUUCGAAAAUUAUGAUUGUCUCGCGCCUAACGUGUGUGUCUCAUGCGUGUAUACCAUCGUUCAAAUCGAUUACCGGUCAUUUCAUCAGUGUUUUCCGAGUGCUCGACUGAACGAUUGCAUCAAGAAAUAACUGUAACGGACUUUUGCUAACCCUUGACUGUGGGCCGUCCCCAACGAACUUCCAUUCGCUCUCGACGAUGCCCACGGUGGUAGUCAUUUUACGGGCCAGUGACUCCUCGAAUUAUUCAACCGAUGACGAUCUCGAUGAGAGACCACCAACGGAUCUUGUGUAAGUAAUCGAUUAGCUAUGCAGCUAUAUGAUGCGCUACGCAAAGUUUAAUCUCUUAAACAAAAGAUUACGCAUAUAAAUAUUCUUCUUACGUAGAGUUUUAUGCCAAAAGACCAGAAGCGAGAAAAUAAUAAGCCAAUAAGCUCGUAAGAUGUUUAUUAUUGCUGUUUUCGUCUCAUUUCCUAUCUUGUACGCUCUACUAAUUUAACAUUUUGCCGAGCGUUGCCGGUAAAGUUUUUAACCGCAGGAAGUCGACGCGCGUGGAUGACAUGUGCUCGAGUUAAUUGGAAGCCUCACUCGAACUUGUUGGCACGCGCCGCGCGCCUUCGAGGGGCGUCGUCGUCUUCGGGCACCCUGGGAGCCUCACAGGGAAAUAAGUUCACAAACCGUGAAAAUUUAAUGUUCUUUAUGGGGAGGGGAGGGUGGAGGAGCGGCGUAUUGUCGGCGCAAUAUCAUGUAGCGUACCCUUCAAUCCUUUUACGCAAAGUACACACAGAGAAUAGACGAGAGUCGUAAAAAAUAUAUUGUAUAGAACGAAACUUGACGGCUUGACGGUAUAUGACUUUUUGAUACACCAACCGACGGAUGUUAGCGGUCUGGUAUACGCGUCGAUCUUUCGCUCUAAUGAUUCCACCUGGGUUCCGAUACACAUAUCCGUGGGUGGUCCGUCAUGCCCUUGAUAAACCUCACACCAGAUGUAGAUCGACAAAAAGAAAAGAAGCGAGAAGUUCACUUCCUUAGUGGCUGGUGUGACAAUACAUCGGCUAUAGAAAUGUUUUCCUUAGAGACUAAUUUUAAUAUUCUGCAAUUCUUAUCUUUUUUAUGCACAGAGAAAAAAAAGUUGAAUCAACAGCAUCAGUCUAAUUAAAAACAUCUUGUUAAUUCAAUAACAUUCAUUAAUAAAACAGAAAGAUUGAAAGUAAAGCGUAACAAAUAUAAUUGAAUAAAUAAAAUGUAAUUGAAUCAACUACAUAUGUUUAUGAUAGUUUGUUUAAUUGAUUCAAAUUACGUUUUAAUUCAUAUUACAGCAUUUUUUUCAGUGUGCAAACGAUAUUAAGUUCUUUUUUUCGACGAAUAAAUUGGAGAUUUUGUCCAAUAUAGGAAAAAAAGAAAAGACAUAAUUUUUAAAAGGUUUAACGCAAGAAGAUAUUGAUUGGCGGACGCUCGCGCUGGAGUGGGCUGAAAUAACAGGAACAAUCCUUUGCGCUCGCAGUAAAUUUGAUUGUUCGGAGGCAGGACUGCCCACGCUGUCCGGCCCGCCACAGGGAAACGCUACAUUCUUAUCGUUCGAGAAACUGGCGUGGCAUAACGUAGCGUAUACGGUGACGGCGUACGUACCGUCGUCGUGUGUACGUGCCGGCUAGCUCUCUACUCUAACAAUACAAUAACGAUGGAAGGCGUCGCUUAAGGGCAAGUCCGCCUAGCGUAGCUGUUCAGGCAGUGACUUAGCAAAUAUAUACUGGUGCUAUGGCAGUCGCGUGUUCGACUGUUCGAAAAUCAGCUGUAUUGAUAUAUUUAUGAUUCGGCCGCGAAUUUCGAAGAAGAAACGAUGGCAACGGAGAUAGAGGAGGCUCCAGUGGGGUCUCCUUGGUAUGGCAAGGUUUUCGAGUGUUGGAGAAAUCAGAAUCGAGUCAGUCCUGGGAGAAUCGAGCUGCCCGAUUGCGAUUUUUUUAUCGUGGCACCGCGACGCACGCUACGCGUUCUUCGACCAACCCUAAAGAGCGGCUGGUACUACGAGAGUUCGACGGUCGACCGGCCGGAGUCGGUCAACGAUAAUUUCUUCAAUCGAUGGGCCAGGAGGCCGCAUCCAUCCGGAAACUGCAGGUGUUCCUUUCGCCAGUCCGGUAGCGCGUUAAGCACCACCGAAGAGCGAAUAAUAUCGGCGGAAUUAAAUCGUAUUCGAACGAGCCUCUGUGAGGCCGAGAAGAACGCGCACGGCAUCGAAGAACUGGAGCAAAGGGUCUCCGUGAAUCUGCAGAAGUUACGAGACAACUCAAAACUUGAUCGCGCGAACGAGACGACGGAGCCUUUGACGUUAAUGAUUGAUCACCAGCCGUUCGAACAGAACGCGAAGCAACAAAUCGUCAAGGACUUGGAAAGGUAUAUUAAUACACUUCUGGAAGAGGUACUUGAUGAUACCGUCAAGCAUGUAACUGGCGUGGAAAAAAAUAAUGUUCAGCAAUCUUGGCAGCGAACAAAAAAUAAUUUGAUGAAAUCUCAGCCCGAUCAAUCCAAAGAGAAAAUUUCAAUAAAGAAGGACGGAGAUGACUCAUUUAUCGAUAUUAAUACCCAUCUGUCGGAUAAGAUGCAGGAACAAUGGAGUACAGAAAAUGAGUGUAAAAGGGAAUUCACCAGAGUUUCGAUAGGCGAGGGUUACGUUAAUCCCGCCUUCGUCGGUUCAACUGAUGAACUAGCUUCUCUAGAGUUCGAUUGUUCUGCAAGAAAACACACAGGUUUGUAUCUUGGAAUGCCAACGGAAAACAUUUCUUCGGAAAAAUUGGAUUGCGUAGAUUCCGGAAUAAAUAGCGUAGAGACUAUCGAGUUUCAGUUACCUGAUCAAGAACCUAGCUUUGAGCAGUCUCUUUUACAAAUCAUUGAUGAAAAGUUGGGAAGAAGUCCUUUAAGCAAUAACUCGGAGGAGGAUAGUCUCGAGAAAAAUUCGCAAAAAGCAGUUUCAGUAGAGGCAGAACGUAAAAUUGCGUCUCAAAAAAUUGAGUUAACUUCGUCUAAGCUUAGAACAUCGUCGGUCGAUUUCGACUGGAAAGUGGAGAGACUGGAAGAUCCCGUCAAUACAGAGGCUAAUUUCGAAAAACUACGCCUAGAAUUCCAAACCAAAAACAAAGAUUCAAAUAACGAAACUCUAUCAAAGAUCGGUGUAAAAUUAACGGAAGGUUCUCCUAUCGAGCUCGAAGAUUACAAAAGAUGGGUAAAGUUCGACGAAAUCUCUUCGCAGGAAAAUACUUUACAAACUCUUCGAGAUUCGGUAACACUUCGAAGGAACAGAAAACCAACCAUAGUCUUUUUACACGGUUUUGGUUCCUCGGCAGAAAUCUUCGAGCAUCAGUUGCAGUAUUUCUCUUCCCUCGGUUAUCCCUGCAUCGCUCCCGAUAUGCUCGGGCAUGGUAUGAGCUCAGCGCCAGGACGCUCUAGAGAUUAUCAUUUUAGCAAGUUAUUAAAGGAUUUAGACGCUGUUCUACACUAUUACGCUUUUAAACCUGGGGAGAAGUGCGUUUUAGUCGCGCAUAAUUACGGGUGCAGCUUUGCUACAGCGUUAGCUUGUAAAUACGAUAGCAAUAUCCAUCAGCUUGUGUUAAUAUCGGGCGGUGGUCCGACCCCUCUUGCUCCACCGAGCACGGAAUGCGCGGGUCAUUGCUGUCUCAGGGCGAUUCUUGCGCCUCUACUGAUGUGCGGUCUUCAUCGAGAUGUUCUCUAUUCUGCACGAGGCCGACAGCAUCCUUAUUGCGGUCAAGAAUCAAUGGAACAGUGGCCUUCGCACAUGAAAUACGUAUUGAACGGCAUGAACUGGCCACAGGGUGAUUACGCUUUUCACAGAAAAAUAUGCACACCAACGCUUCUAGUGCAUGGAUUAAAAGAUAAUAAAGUAUCGCUAGUACAAGAGUGUCAAAUGGAGAGGACAAUGGUGAAAGCUUUUCUCGAAGCUAUUCCAAUGGCUGGUCAUAGUCCGAUGACUGAAUGUCCCCAACAAUUGAAUCACAUGAUACAUUGUUUUAUAGAUUUGUGGAAGAACAAAAAAUGGCAGUAAUAACAUCCUGACUCUAGAAAUAAUGUCUAAAGUGCUGUAUUAUAUCAAAAUUGCAUCGAUUCAAGCGCUUAACAAACUGCUUAGCAAUUAAUUUAAUUAUCAGUCAGAUAUAAUAUUUAACGGAAAAAAAGAACUUUAUAAUUCAAGAAGACUCCACUAAAGUCAAAUUAAAUGAUAAGAGAUAAAUCAAUCAAGUUCAGGU